CAGAAGAGAGAGAUAAAUUUUGAGGAGAAAACAGAAUUGUAAGUAGCUUCUACACAGGUGUGCAUUAUGCCAUUGACUUUUACGUAGUGCGAUACCCUAGAGAUUUCAGACUAAUGAAUACUAUUGUCGUCCCUUUGACCUGCGUUGCUCAUCGUAAUGACCCAUUGUCGAUCGGACGUUAACAGUGCCCGUCCACUUCUUUGUGUUGUCUGUUUCUUUGACUGGAUACUUCAGUAUCUUGUUUAGUAUCUCGGCCUUUGCGUCGCUUUCAUAAGUAUCGCAAAACAAAGGCCAUUGUAUCUCAAUUUAAACAGGGACAGAACUACAUUCAUGCCUAUGGACGCCCCUAGGGUUUCUGUUACAUCAGACCCCCUCGCUCUAGCAACACGAUAGAGUUGGUUGAUCUUUCUAUCACUUACCCGAUUUCCAUCAUCUUCAUCAAAAUCAACUAGACCUGAGCUAGGAAUGGCGAGAACCGAACGCCAGCUAGCCGCGGCAAGGGCCCGGCAUCGUCGUGGUGGUACCCAUCGACUCAAGGAAGAGCACCGUACAGGCACAAAAUGGGACUACGAAAGUUGGGCUACGCUGAAGCAAGCUAGCAUAAAAGCUCAAUUGUACCUCAAAGACAUGCCGAAGCAUGCGAUGAUCAAAGUCCUGGCCGAGAAGGACCGACGCCAAAGAGUCAACGGAGCCCGAGAGCCUAGAUUGAGAGCCCAGACAAAUGAACUUACGAAGAAGAAGCAAGAAGAGGAUUGGAAGCACAAGCAGGAAGCAGCUCGGAAAAGAGCGGAGAUUACUGAUACGGAAGAUAAACAAGUAGAGUACAACACACUGCUCAAGGGUCUUCUGUCCGAAUCAUCAGAUUCGUCAUUUUCGGAAUCUGAAUCUUCUGAUACUUCACCUAUUUCACCAAUACAUCCCGAACCAACGCUUCGUUUAUUUGAAUGGCGUUUCCCCGAUCUACCACGCUUAGACCCUCCACACUCUUACCAAUUGCGCGGGAAGCGGAAACUUAUUUACACAGGGAAGCUCUUACCUAAGAAAGUACCCUAUAUACCUUUAAAACUCACCACAAGUCUUUCAAGGGAGGUGCUGCAGCUUCCUGGACGGAUUGUUGCUGGACCUGGAGUACCGGCAAUAGGCGCUGUUCCUAUGAUAUCACGGCACACUGCUAAUUGCGCGCGAAACGGAAUCAUGGUAGGUCCGUUAAACAAUGCUACAAUCGAACGUGGUUCCGACUGGGCAGCACGCACCAUGGUCCAGUGGUGGAACGGCCGAAUGUACUUCAAUCUCCCGCCGCGAUCAUCAGAACCAACCCUCGCCGAAGUAUAUGGAAAAUGGCGAGGCCACGAAGGGAAAGCGCGUAGGAAGAUGCUCCUGGCCCACAGAGUCAAGAAAACCACAUUACUAUCAAAGGUGGAACAAAGGAAGCAUGAGCGGGAUGUGGUGAAGAGAAUGAAGUUGCUGGAAGUAUAUGCGAGCUCUGAAUUCCGUCCUGCAAUGUGCUUUUUGCCUGCCUACUUAGACUAUCCCCGUUCGACAGCUAAGGGCGUGAGAGUAUUUGAGUUGGCUAAUUUGUUUUACAUUCGCCUUCCUGGCCUUGCAUUGCCACAAUAUUGUUUCUGGGUGAGGGAGGGCGAUUGGUUGGAUCCUACGAUGCCGAACCCAGAAUUUUUAAAGCAGAUAGAGAAUCCAGUAGUGUAA